ACCAAGAAGUAGUUGCAGUUCAGUUUCAGUUUCAGUUUCCGUGCCUCGACAAUUUCCAUGGCUUCCAACAAUCAAAUGCUUGCCGUGGCGGCUGCCAUCGCCGUGCUGUUCCUCCCCGCACUGGCCUCGGCCGUCGUCCACCCCGUGGGCGACGGCAGCGGGUGGACGCUCGGGUUCGACUACACCGCCUGGUCCGAGAGCAAGCAGUUCAGAGUCGGCGACGCGCUAGUGUUCAACUACAACAAGGCAAACCACAACGUGGUGGAGGUGACCGGACCUGAUUUCAAGGCGUGCAACAACACCAAAGGCCUCGGCGCAUGGAGCUCCGGCAGCGAUCUGGUCGAGCUGGAGAAGCCGGGGAGGAGGUGGUUCAUCUGCGCCGUGGGCAAGCACUGCCAGAUGGGCAUGAAGCUCAACGUCACCAUCAUCGCGGCGGACGCUCCUUCGCCUGCUCCUGCUCCUGCUCCGUCGUCGUCUGCCCAUCACAAGUCCAGGCGGCCCUUCGUUUCCAAGUGGUGAUCACCUGCCUUUCGCAUUGUAAAACCAACUAUGACGCCCAUUCGUGUGUUUCCAAGUGUAAUGAUAAUGUUUUCCAUAUCAUACCGAUAUUGUAAUUGUUUUGAUUCAUGCUCAACACAUGCAAUAAAAUUCUCGA